CCUGGCAAACCUGUCUCGGCGGGGCGGGGAGCGGAGCUUCCUCCUGUCCGUGCGGUGCAGCGCCGCCCGAUUUGUCCUUCCGCCGCUGCCGCCGCGGCGCCGGGCCGAGCGAGGGGGCGAGCGGAAGGGGCGCGGAGCCGAGGCCCGUGAUGCGGCCGGCGGUAGCGGCGGCCGUCGCGGGGUCGCCGGCGCGGGACACGUCGCUGUGCGGGGAGCUGCUGCAGGCCCCGCCGCCCCCGGCCUCGCAGCCGCCUCCGGCCGCGCCCUCGGGGCCGCCGCUCUCCGCCCCCGCCGGCGCGACCCUCAACCGCCUUCCGGAGCCGCUGCUGCGGAGGCUCAGCGGGAGCUUGGACCGAGCGCCCGAGGGCCGCGGCUGGAGGAGGCUGGCCGAGGUAGCCGCGAGUCGGGGGCGCCUCCGGCUCAGUGGCCUGGACUUGGAACAGUGUUCUCUUAAGGUCUUGGAGCCUGAAGGAAGCCCGAGCCUAUGUUUACUGAAGCUAAUGGGUGAAAAAGGUUGUACGGUCACGGACUUGAGUGACUUCCUGCAAGCUAUGGACCACACUGAAGUUCUUCAGCUUCUCAGCCCCCCAGGAAUAAAGAUCACCGUAAACCCAGAAUCAAAGGCAGUCUUGGCUGGACAGUUUGUGAAACUGUGUUGCCGGGCAACUGGACAUCCUUUUGUACAGUAUCAAUGGUUCAAAAUGAAUAAAGAGAUUCCAAACGGAAAUGCAUCAGAACUUGUUUUUAACACAGUGCACGUAAAAGAUGCAGGCUUUUACGUCUGUCGAGUUAAUAAUCACUUCACCUUUGAAUUCAGCCAAUGGUCACAGCUGGAUGUUUGUGAUGUCACAGAAGUCACAGAAAGCUUCCGGGGAAGCUUGGAUGGCGUCUCUGAAUCUAAGUUGCAAAUCUGUGUUGAACCAAGGUCCCAAAAGCUGAUGCCUGGUAGCACCUUGGUCUUACAGUGUGUCGCUGUUGGAAGCCCUAUUCCUCAGUACCAGUGGUUCAAAAAUGAAUCACCGUUGACGCAUGAGACGAAAAAGCUAUAUAUGGUGCCUUAUGUGGAUUUGGAACAUCAAGGAACCUAUUGGUGUCAUGUUUAUAACGAUCGAGACAGUCAACAUAGCAAGAAGGUAGAAAUCAUCAUAGGAAGAACAGAUGAGGCAGUGGAGUGCACUGAAGAUGAGUUAAAUCAUCUUGGGCAUCCCGAUAAUAAAGAGCAAACAGCUGACCAGCCUUUGGCAAAGGACAAGGUUGCUCUUUUGAUAGGAAAUAUGAAUUACUGGGAGCACCCCAAGCUUAAAGCUCCUUUGGUGGAUGUGUAUGAAUUGACCAACUUGUUAAGACAGCUGGAUUUCAAAGUUGUUUCAUUGUUGGAUCUUACCGAAUACGAGAUGCGUAAUGCUGUGGAUGAAUUUUUACUACUUUUAGACAAAGGAGUAUAUGGAUUAUUAUAUUAUGCAGGGCAUGGUUAUGAAAACUUUGGGAACAGCUUUAUGGUUCCUGUUGAUGCUCCAAAUCCAUAUAGGUCUGAAAACUGCCUCUGUGUACAGAAUAUACUGAAAUUAAUGCAAGAAAAAGAAACUGGACUCAAUGUGUUCUUGUUGGAUAUGUGUAGGAAAAGAAAUGACUACGAUGACACCAUUCCGAUCUUGGACGCACUGAAAGUCACUGCCAAUAUUGUGUUUGGAUAUGCCACGUGUCAAGGAGCAGAAGCUUUUGAAAUCCAGCAUUCUGGAUUGGCAAAUGGAAUCUUCAUGAAAUUUUUAAAAGAUAGAUUAUUAGAAGACAAGAAAAUUACUGUGUUACUGGAUGAAGUUGCAGAAGAUAUGGGUAAAUGUCACCUUACCAAAGGCAAACAGGCUCUAGAGAUUCGAAGUAGCUUAUCUGAAAAGAGAGCACUGACGGAUCCAAUACAGGGAACAGCAUAUUCUGCAGAGUCUCUGGUGCGGAACCUACAGUGGGCCAAGGCACAUGAACUUCCAGAAAGUAUGUGUCUUAAAUUUCAAUGUGGCGUUCAGAUUCAGUUAGGAUUUGCAGCUGAGUUUUCCAAUGUCAUGAUAAUCUAUACAAGUAUAGUCCACAAACCACCUGAUAUAAUGAUGUGCGACGCCUAUGUUACUGAUUUUCCACUUGACUUAGAUAUUGAUCCAAAAGAUGCAAAUAAAGGGACACCUGAAGAAACUGGCAGCUAUUUAGUAUCAAAGGAUCUUCCCAAGCAUUGCCUCUAUACUAGACUCAGUUCACUGCAAAAGUUAAAGGAGCAUCUCAUCUUCACAGUAUGUUUAUCAUAUCAGUACUCAGGAUUGGAAGAUACUGUAGAGGAAAAGCAAGAAGUGAAUGUCGGGAAACCUCUCAUUGCUAAACUAGACAUUCAUCGAGGUUUAGGAAGGAAGACUUGCUUUCAAACUUGUAUCAUGUGUAACGGCCCUUACCAGAGCUCUACGGCCACCUCAGCAGAAGCUGGACGUUAUCAUUCAUCUCAAGACUCAUUCCAUGGUGUUUACCAUUCACAUCUUGGUAACUCAAGUAAUAUUCUGCCAUCAGACAGUUGUCGUUGCAGCCGGACUGCAGAUGCAUUUCUUUCAAGUCAUCAUACCCAUCAGUAUUCAUGUCAGUUUGGUAGAAGUAAUAUGCCAGUAGAGACGACUGAUGAAAUACCAUUCAGUUUCUCUGAUGGGCUCAGAAUUUCUGAAAAGUGACCUGCUUGUUUUUGAAAGUCAUGGUAAUUACGAUGCCUCAUAUGCAACAGUACUUAUAUAAAGUGAGGUAUUGUGAAAAAGCAAAUAUGUAUAUAUAGAGAGAAUGAAUAACAGCUGUUUCAUGGCAAACUCAGGACUUUGAGAUGUUGGAAUUAUAUUAUUUAACCACAGACAACUUCCUCCUCUUCUUUCUCUUUUAAAAUUUUGUGAAUUAGUUGAUUUAUUCUCUAAGAAUGGAGGUGUAUUCUCUAAGUAUGGAUGUGUAUAUGUUUAUGUGUAUAUAACAAAAAUGCUUUCAUUUUGACCACUCUGAAGUAAUUAAAAUGGGAAUGGCAUUAUUGUAGAAUAAGUCAUUGUAUUUCUAGAACCAGAGAAAGAACCGUGGUGAUCAUCAGGCUUAACCUAAUUUUAUCAGUGGGAGAAACAGAUUGAGGCAUCUUCUUUAAGUUAGAGCUGGCAACAGAACUGAGACCUCCAGAUUUCUAUUCCGGUGUUUAUUCCUCUACUCACUGCCUUCCCAACAGGUUCUGAAACAGGUACUAUUUUUGUAGAUAGAUUUAAAGAUAGAUAUGUAAAUAUGCAUAUCUGUGUAUAGUCUAGAAACGUACAAACUUUACUUUGUGAUUAUAGGACUUUACUGCAAAUGUCAGUUAGGAGGUUUGUAUAUAAAUCUUAGGUUGAACAGGCCGGAAUUUCUUGUUCAUAAGGUCGUUAAAGUACAUAACAGGUGAUGAAAUGUUUGUCUAUGUUAAAGCUAGACAGCAGGAUAAUUUUGCUACUGGAUAAUCUUGGUAGCUGCUUAUCUGAAUCUUACAAAUGUUGGACACAUCUUCCUUAAUAAUGUGUAUUUUAUUAUUGAAUUUUACUAGCCUUAGGAGAUAAUGUUAUCACCUUUGGUUCUAUCUAAAAGCAAGUUAAAAAGGCAACUGGCAAUAACAAAGAAAAAGAUUGAAUUAAUAAUUUUAAAACAGCCCACAAAGAAAAUCCCAGGCCCAGAUGGCUUCACUGCUGUAUUCUACAAACAUUUAAAGAAUUAAUACCAGUCCUUUGCAAACUCUCCCCAAGAAUAGAAUAGGAGAGAACACUUCCCAACUCUUCUUACGAGGCCAAUGUUACCCUGAUAGAAAACCAGACAAAGACGACACAAGAAAACUACAGACCAAUAUCUGUUAUGAAUACAGACACAAAAAUCAUCAACAAAAUGCUAGCAAACUGAAUCCAGCAACAUAUAAAAAGGAUUGUACACCAUGACCAAGUGAGAUUUAUCCCAGGAAUGCAAGGUUGGUUUAACAUCCAAAAAUCAGUGUAAUAUGCAAAUAAUUCUCAUUAUUCGCAGUAGUUAUGUUCUGUAGUAUCACAAUGAAUACUGAAUUAGUGAAUACAGAGCCAUUGCUUCUAGGGGAAAUGUGAGUGUGUGUGUAUUUAUACAUAUACACAACUCAAGUAGAUUAUAAUCUUAAAUCCUAAAAACAACUUAUCCUGGUAGAUUGUUUUCUUUAUCUUAAAAAAGAGAAAAUGAGGUUCAGAAGUAUUAAGUGACUUGCCUGAAGCCACCCCACUAACAGGUGACAGAGUUGGGAUUCCAUCCCAUCCAACUGGCCCCAGAGCUGCUUGCACUACACUGCCCUGCCCCCUGCCUUCUCCGUCCUCCGGUUGUCUCUGUGGGAGAGCUGAAACAAAAAGGCAAAGCAUUGCCUUGUUUGACCUCGGCUGAGAACACGCACGUCAGAGAUCGCAAAAUUUUCACCAGGCUGCUCAUGUCCGUGAAUGAUCGUAAAAGUGCUGCAAGUAUUGAUUUUGGGAUUACGAAUAAAUGUUACAAAUUGGCAAAUUCACAAAUACAGAAUCGUGAAUAACGAGGAUCAACUGUACUAUGUUCAUAAAGGAGAAAUUUACCAUAAUUACCACAUUGUCUUAAUAGAUGCAGAAAAAGCAUUUGAUAAAAUUCAGCACCCUUUCAUGGUAAAAAUACGCAAAAAACUAGGAGUAAAAGGGAACUUCCUCAAGAUGAUAAAAGACCUCUACAAAAAGCCCACGCCUAACAUCCUACUUAAUGGCGGCACACUGAAUGCUGAAGACUUUCCUCCUAAGAUCAGGAAUAAGACAAAGAUGCUCACUCUCACCAGUUCUACUCAACAUUGUCCUUAGAGUUCCAGCUUAGGCAAGAAAAGGAAGUAAAGGGCAACCAGACUGGAAAAGAAGAAGGAAGACUGUGUGUAUCCACAGAUGACAUGAUCUUGUCAUGUAGAAAAUUCUAAGGAAUUCAUUUAAAGACUAAUAAAUGAGUUCCACAGUUGCAGGAUAGAUACGAGAUCAGUAUACAAAAAUCAGUUUCAUUUCUAUACUAGCAAUAAACAUUCUGAAAUUGAGAUUUUUGAAAAGAUCUAUUUACAGUAGCAUCAAGAUGAACAAAAUAAAACUACAAAACAUUGUUGAAAGGAAUUGAAGGAGACCUAAAUAAAUGGAAAGACAUCUCCAUUCGUGGAUUGGAAGACUUAACAUUCUAAAGAUGGCGUGCUUCCCAAACUGUUCUACAGAUUCAAUGCAAUUCCCAUCAAAAUCCAAGCUGGCUUUUUUGGGGCAGAAAUUGACAAAAUGAUAAAAUUCAUACAGAAAUGCAAAGGACCCCCAGCCAAAACAAUCUUGAAAAAGGACAAAGUUGGAAGUCUCACAUUUAGUAGAUUUCAAAGCUUAUUACAAAGCUACACUAAUCAAGAUAGUCUGGUACUGGCAUAAGGAUAGACAGAAUAUAAAAAUACCAUUGAGAGUCCAGAAAUCCAUACAUUAUGAUCAAUUGAUUUUUGACUAGGAUGCCAAUACCAUUCAGUGAGAAAGAGUAGUCUUUUCAACAGAUAGUCCUAGGACAACUGGAUAGCCACAUGCUAAAGGACCUGUAUCUUAGACCAAUGCAAAUUUUAACUCAAAAUGAGUCAUAUACCUGAAUAUAAGAGCUAAAAUUAUAAAACGCUUACAAGAAAACAGAAGUAAAUCCUUGUGACCUUGGACUAGCAAUGAUUUCUUAGAUGAAACACCAAAAGCGCAAGCAGCAACAAGGGGGAAAAAAUUGGAGUUAAUCAAAAUGAAGUUUUGUGCUUUAAAGGACACCAUCAAGAAAGUGAAAAAACCCACAGAAUGGGAGAAAAUCUUUGAAAAUUAUGUCUGAAAAGGGACUCAUAUCCAGAAUAUAUGAAGAACUCAUAAUAACAAGGCUAUGCUAGUUCUUAAUUAUGGUCACUCCUCUGCAGUAACCAAUCGACUGUGCAAAGAACUUUCUGAUGAUGGAAAUUUUCUCCGUCUGCACUGUCCAGUAUGGUAGCCUGUAUCCCCAUGUGGUCAUUGAGCAAUGGAAAUACAGCUAGUGAGAGCAACUGGAUUUUUUUUUUAAUUUUGUUUUUAGUUUAAACAGUUAUAUAUAGCUCGUGGCUUCCAUAUUCGACUGUGCAGCUGUAGAGGAUGGGGCUAGAAGUUAGGUAGGGUAAGGGGACUUUGCCCUUUCACUUUAUAUUCUUCUGUAUAUUUGAAUUUUUUUUAACUAAGCAUGUAUUAUAUUUAUAAUUUGUUAAAGUUUUUUAAAAUAACUAAGAGAAUGGUGCAGUUUUUGUCUUUUCUAUCAGCCAUGCUUUUGUUUUGUUUGACUCUCUUACACCAAUUGCUUUGUAAUAUUAGCAUAGGAUUUAUAUACAUCAGUGGAAUUUCAGAAAGGUAACCUGUCGACGCCAAUUACAAUGUGAAGAAGAGAUUAGGAUAGUAAAGACUCACCUAAAUCCGGAGCCAAAUUUUUGAUUCUGAGGAAGGGGGUGUUUUUCUGGAAAGUAACUUAAAAAAUUAUAAAGUAGCAAUUAUGAGUUACGUGUUUUCUAAUAAAAGAAUAAUCAAAUCUUGAGACAUGAGAUCAUUUGAAUAUAAAACAUUAAAAUGUCCAUCCGGAGGGGAACAGGUCCAAUAAAUAGAGGGCCACAGCCAAGGAAAGAAAGUCUUUAAAGAAUGCUGACUCUGAAAAGGGGCAUUUGCCCUUUCCUUUUUCCUCCAUCUCCAAUAUUUAUGGCUUUCCACACCUCUGACUUGCACAUGAAGCAACAAUGAGGUGGUCUCUUCAGUAAUCACAAUCUUUUUGACUUGUCAAACUCAGGAAAUUCAGUGAUACAGCCACAGCUCAGAUAAUUGAUAAAUUGACACAUAGAUUGGCACAAAUUUAAAAUCAAGAGGAUGUCUGGAUUUUUUUUACAUAAAAUUUUUUUAACAAAAGCCCUAAUAAAUUGUAAGUUUUUGCUGUUGUUUGGACAUUCCUAUGGUAUUUACAUACUAACAUUGCUUUUAACUGUUAAGUGAUGCCAAAUACUCAGAAUUUACACAUUAUUUUUGUGCAUUUCAACCUGUUUUUCUCAUUUGGCAUUGCAAAUUUUAUCCAGGCCUAACUAAAAUAUAUUUUUAAUACUUUCCUGUGCAUUAUAUAACUUUCUUAUAUUGAUAAAAUAUUAGUAAAGAAAAAUAUACCCAGAAUAUGUGAAUAUUUGUACAAACGUAUGUAAUUUUUUCCCAAUUUGACAGCAUUAAAAAUAUUUCAGCAUCAGACUCAAAGUUUGACUUUCCUGAGGUGGAGGAGUCUGAGUCAACUCCAGCUUUCACCACUAAAUAGUGUGCCUUGAAGUGUGUUAUUUCACUUGUCUGUGCUUCUAUUUCUUUAUCUGUAAAAUGGGGAUGAUGAUACAACAUCAGAAGCUUAUAAUACUUUACAGGGCUGGCAGGACGAGGAAGAUAAUUCCUGUAAAGUGCCGGCUUUUUGAAAAGGAUUGUCGUUCUUCAAAUGUGGCUUUCACAAAACCAUACCGGUCCAUCCACCAUACAGGGUGUAUUAUUUGUUAUUAAGGUACUUCCUACAAAGUACUAUAAUAGCAUUAGCAAUGUAGCAUCGGCUUAUAAAGUAAAUUGCAAUUCAAUUUUGUUCAUUCCAAAAUCACUUUUCAAAAAGCAUGGAAAUUUAAUGUCACCACUUGUUAGUGUUAUGUAUAACGUGCAUUAUAUCAACACACAAAAACAAUUGAUUAGCAGGGUUUCUCUCUGAUUGGUGGGAUUAUUUGUCUUUGCUUACCUGUAUGUUCCUGUUUUUAUAAACUGAACAACUAUUAUAUAAUUUUCAAAUAUAGAUAUACACAUUGUAUAAUGCAAAUAUGCUAAGCUUCAAUAAAUUUGCUUUUAGAAUACAUUAA